AUGGCUCCUGUUAAGAGUGAGAACUCAACCACAAUACUGCAACGAACUUCUCCGAAUGAGUCAGUUUCAGAGUCUAAAAAUAGUGUUCUAUCUACUGACUUGAAGCAAAGUACUAGCUUAACUCCACCGAGCCUCAACUUCCCACCUGUGAAAUAUGAGUUGGACGCGGAUGUUGAAGUUCAAUCACCAGAUAAUUCAAUAUGGGAGACAUUUUUCUCGGAUCAUUUAGAUGGUGACUUCAUGAUUUCAUCUCCAGUGAGGAAUUUGCCAUCUCCACAAACUUCAACUUACAACAAUAAUAAUUAUAACUAUGCUCAGGCAAUGCAAGGGCAGAUUCUUUCAGCUUCUCCUCCACGCUUUUCGUCUCAGAUUGGAGCUUUUGGUUGUGCACUGAAACCAAGAGGGCAAAGCCCACUUCAUAAGGUGUUUAACUCUCCGAACAGCCUGUAUAUACAAUCGGAUCAGGGUCUUUCUUUGCCGGCUAUUGAAGAACUAUUGGAUGAUUAUCAAAAACAGGGGCACGGGAUGUUCUCACCGAUGAAUAUUUCAGGUAGUGGAAGUUCCCCGCAAUUGUUUGAUAUGCCUAGCGCGGUUCCAGCAAUCUUGGACUGCUUAACAAUGCCUAAUUCUUCGAGGUUUUGUGGAUCAAUGAUUGAAACAUCGUCAACGGCUUGUGCUUCUCAACUGACCCAAAAGAAGGAUAUCUAUCAAAUGGGCUCCAUUGGAAAUGCACCAUUAUCACAACAACUGCAACAGGAGCGUCAUCAAGAGCAGCAAAAAACGCAACAGCAGCACCAAACACAACCACCAGCGCCACCACCACAGCAGAAUAUUAACCAUAGCUUGAUGGCACCUCUUCCGAUUAGUUCUGAGCAGGAACAAGAUAGUGGGCUUCAGCUGGUGCAUCUCCUUCUUGCCUGCGCCGAAGCUGUGGCCAAAGAGGACUACAUGUUAGCAAGACGAUACUUACAUCACCUCAACCGAGUGGUCUCGCCACUCGGUGACUCUAUGCAAAGAGUUGCCUCCUGCUUCACUGAAGCCUUAAGCGCUAGGCUUGCAGCAACCCUCACAACAAAACCGACUACCUCAACAACAAAACCCUGUUAUCCUUUCCCACCAAACUCCCUGGAAAUCCUCAAAAUUUACCAAAUUGUGUAUCAAGCCUGCCCCUACGUAAAGUUCGCUCAUUUCACAGCCAAUCAAGCCAUUUUCGAAGCUUUCGAAGCCGAAGAACGCGUUCAUGUCAUCGACCUAGAUAUCCGUCAGGGAUACCAAUGGCCAGCUUUCAUGCAAGCUUUAGCUUCUCGACCCGGAGAAGCUCCAUUUCUCCGACUAACAGGAGUCGGACCUUCUAUAGAAUCCGUCAAAGAAACCGGCCGAUGCUUAACGGAACUUGCGCACUCUCUUCAUAUACCAUUCGAAUUCCAUCCAGUCGGUGAGCAACUCGAAGACCUUAAGCCACGCAUGUUCAACAGACAUGUCGGUGAGGCUCUUGCAGUCAACGCCGUUAACCGCCUCCACCGUGUCCCAGGAAACUGUCUAGGAAGCCUAUUAGCAAUGAUCCGUGACCAAGCCCCUAGAAUUGUAACAUUAGUUGAACAAGAAGCAAGCCACAACAGCCCAUACUUCUUAGGCCGGUUUUUGGAGGCAUUGCAUUACUAUUCAGCAAUUUUCGAUUCAUUAGACGCAACGCUUCCACCGGAUUCCGCGCAGAGGGCAAAAGUGGAACAAUACAUAUUUGCUCCGGAGAUAAUGAACAUCCUGGCGUGUGAAGGAGCCGAGAGAAUUGAGAGACAUGAAAGGCUAGAGAAAUGGAGAAAGAUAAUGGAAGGAAAAGGGUUUAAAGGAGUGCCAUUGAGCGCAAACGCGGUGACUCAAUCGAAGAUAUUGCUUGGAUUAUAUUCGUGCGAUGGGUAUAGAUUGACUGAAGAUAAUGGUUGCUUGCUGUUGGGGUGGCAAGAUAGAGCCAUACUUGCUGCUUCUGCAUGGCGAUGCUGA